ACUCUCUUCCAUCUCAUUUGACAUUAAAUGAAGAAUAACUCCAGAGAUCUUACGUUCUUUCAUUUACCUUCUCGUUCUAUCGGUGUAUGGUUAAAUAAUUAAGAUUUGAAAAUAAUAUUUAUAAUUUUGCAGAUGUUUGUAGUUUGCUCGUUAGAAAAUACGUCCGGCUGCCGGAUUAUUUCUUGGAUGGUGUGGGAAAAAGAGGAUUGAUAACAAUUUUGUAUGUGUUAGUGUAAAAUAUUGUAUUUACAACAAAACUGAAAGGAUUAUCAAGAACAAACUUGGAAAAUUAAUUUUGCAUUCACUCAUUAGUAUUGGUUUUAUGACGUGAGAUUCUGUGCCAUGCUUUCUCUAAAGUUCCUGUACAACACUCCCCUCGGCUCUUUCAUCACUGGUUGGCGCAAGAAAAAGAGAGAGUCGGGUGGCAAAGAAAUAGUGGUGGAGGAUUCUUCUCAGGAUCCAAUGAUGAUGGCCUACAUUCACUCCAUCCCCAGGGCUCAGUGGUUCAAAGGGGUUCUGCUUCAGGGAUAUCUGGUUCACCCUAAUAUUCUACAAGGUCUCGACGAAUUCCAAGUCCGAGAGGAUGACGUUUUUAUCAUCACAUAUCCUAAAUCAGGAACGACAUGGACAGAAGAAAUUGUCUCUCUCAUCUACAAUGACGGCAAUCCAAACAAAGUGAAGAACAAGCUUCUUAAUUAUAGAGUGGAGCAUUUGGAAGUGGGGAGACCCAUUGGCCAUCUUCGACAUUUGCGGAAGUUGAAAUCACCGAGGUUGAUGGCAACACAUCUCCCCUUAUCUCUGAUUCCUAAAAGCCUAAAGCAAGGAAAAUGUAAAAUAAUCUAUGUGGUGAGGAAUCCCAAAGAUAACGCCGUCUCCUACUAUCAUCAUCACAGAAUGAGCACCUUUCUUGGGAACUACAAAGACUCGUGGGAGAACUUCUUACAGCUCUACCUCAAGGGAUACUUGGUGUACGGAUCCUGGUUUGAUCAUGUCCUGCCAUACUGGAGGUUUUUUGAUGAACAUCCAGAAAGAAUGCUAUUCAUUUCAUUUGAAGACCUUAAACUGGAUCUUCCGGGCAUGGUGUCCAAGAUAGCAUCGUUUCUGGAACGCCCUCUCUCCCCCGAAGCCAUCAAGGCCAUAUCCAAUCACUGCACAUUCGAGCAGAUGAAGAGCAACAACAUGGUGAACAGGGAGGUACUUCCCAUCUCAGAUCUCUUCGACAUGACACAGUCCAAGUUUAUGAGGAAAGGAAUUAUCGGAGACUGGAAAAAUUAUUUUACCGAAGAACAGAACAUCGACUUCACAAAGCUGUACAAUGAGAAGAUGCAGGACAGUGGACUCGAACUCAUAUUUGAUCCGGAGGAGAUCGACACUUGCAACAAUAAUGGACUUCUUCUCUGUUCCUCCAAAAACAACGGAGACGAGAAACAACACACGACCUGAUUAUACACAUAACUCUCUCUCUCUCUUAGGAAUGAGGGCAAAAUCUAUUAUAAUUGUCAUUCAAAAAGAAGACACAUGAGCUCAGUCAUUUUUUGAAGGAGAACUGAUAGUGUUGUUCCCCUAUGACAUCAUUAAGCACAACUUUUUUAAAUCGAAGUGGCACAAAAAUGCACGCAUUUUGGAAUAAUUUAAUUCAUGUUUUGAUGCUGCUUCAGACAUUACAAUCAAAUAAUAUAUAUUAGCAAACUAUUUUUCUCUUCAGCUGCCACAAUUUACAAAAAAAAAAAAAAAAAACAUCGAUGAUUUUUAAGAUAUCAGAAAGAUACAGUAGAGUUAUUAAAAGUUAGAAUGACCUGCUUUUAAAAAGAAUGUCUCUGAAAUCACUUCUUGUUUGAAAUUCUACGAACUAAAAGCUACUCUUUAAUAGAUGACAUCCAACUAAUCAGCUAUUGACAGAUUCAUUGUCUUUAGGAUUUCAGCAAUUCUUUUAGAAUAUGAAAACAUUAGAUAGACAUAUAACUUCUUAUUAUGUUUAACUACAUUUCAAUUUUAAAAUAUUAAAUGAAUCGAUCUAAAAUAUGGAAUGAAUGCAAAAAAAAAAAUAUUAUUUGUUCGUGAUUUCGUUUUAACAUAUGGAAGCGAAAUUCAGACAACGCAUACACAAUUAGAUUUGUUUAAAAAAAAGUUCACCAAAAAUAAUCUAUUGCAUAUAUUGUAACUCGGAUUCUUCUCCGUAUAAAAUAUUUCGGAUAAGUAAUCCCCUAAAUGUAACUUCAAGCAGUUCGAUUAAUUCGGAAUGCAACAAUUAUACUCUUUCGAAAAGAAUGUCUAAAUUCACACAUUCUUUUAGUUUUCUUAUAAAUGAAACCAGAAAUGGAAUAAUGUUCGGUUAUUGUAGAAAGCAACCUCCUGCUGUUUGCGAUUCUAUUGUUUUGAUUCUGAAGCAGUUUAGAUGGAUUAACUUCGCUAAUGCAGAGCUCCUAUUGGAGCGAAAGCAUCUGAAGAUACUAUAGCAUUUUAGAUUAAAUGAGAUAAAAAUUUAGUUAGCGCUUCAAAAUCUGUCCAAUCAACAUUUCAUUAGAUUUCUGCACCAAGUUAAUCAUAGUUUUCCGAAAUGCUGGUAAAAUAUUUUUAAAAUUUGAUUAUAUGUAUAAAUUAAACUAAAGAGAUGAAUUAUAUUAAUAACGUAAUGUAAAUAUGUGUGACUUGUAUGUACAUGUUGAGUUCUAAAUGUUUAUAUUUUUAACGUUAAAACAUUGAAAAAAAAUAUGAGAUGUGUCAUAUGCAUGUUAAAGGGAAAUAUUUAAUAUUUUUACGGAUUAACAAAAUUUAGGAAUAACAGUGCUGGCGCGUGACAUUUUUAGCAUUGAAAACUUUUGUUUAUUUUUUGUAUUGUGUACAGGGUUCAUAAUAAACUCUUGUAGAAUAUG